AUGGCUCCAAGCCUCGAGCAUGCUUUCACACUGCAUGUUGACCUAUCACCCGCCCUAGAUUUUGGACACACGGUCACCGGUCAUCAGCGCUUUAUACCCAUUAUUGGUGGGCAUGUUGACGGCCCAAAACUGAAGGCAACCAUUCUGCCUGGCGGGGGUGAUUGGAACACCCUCCGAGAUGACGGAAUGGGACAUGUGCUCGCCAAAUAUGUCAUCCAGACAGCCGAUGGUGUUCUUGUCAAUGUUAUCAAUGAAGGGUUUGUGAGAAAAUUCCACAAAGAUCCGUCCAUGGAAUCGGGGAAAAGGGAAGAGACAGAGUGGUAUGCCAGGACCAACCCACGUUUUGAGGUGCAGCAUGGAGUGCACGACUGGCUGAAUCGAACGGUGUUCAUUGGGGAUCUUCAUCGCCCGCAGACUCUGAGCCAUGUCACUAUUGAUGUCUAUGAAGUUUUGUAA